CUUCCCUGCGCGCAGGGGCUGGUAGCUCGGGCCGUUUCCUGGUCUGGCAGAAAGAGGCAGUGCUGAGUUAGGAAGACAAAAAUAGACCUCUACAGAGAAAUAUAGGGAUUGUGUGCGCGGUGGGGAGGGAGGGAGAGGAGAGGAGAGGAGAGCGGCACCCGGCUGGUUUCCAGGAGGAGCCCUCCUCUGCCUCUCGUUGCAUGUUCGGCGUUUUCGCACAGCUUUCUGCCCCCCGCCCCCUCCCCGCCGGGGAGCGGCCACCUCUGCCGCCCCGCACCGCUGCUGGCGGCCGGCGAACCGACGCCGUCGCGAUCCGUCAGCGGCCAGAGACCAUUUUAUGUGAACGAGCCGGAGCCGGGGGUGGGGGAAGAAGAGGAGAGAGAAACCGCCGCAGGGACGCGCGGAUAGAAAGACCUGUCUUCUGCCUUCACCCCCCCCUCCCGCCCCCAGCCCCCAGCCCAGCCCCCGCGCCGUCCCCGUGUCAGCACUAAAUCCGCCGAGGCGAGGAGUUGACAUCCCUCCCGAGCAGCGGCGAUGGGGUGUUUGGGCAACGGCAAAACGGAGGAUCAGCGUAUCGAUGAGAAAGCGCAGCGAGAAGCCAACAAAAAAAUAGAGAAGCAGUUGCAGAAGGAGAGGCUGGCUUAUAAAGCGACACACCGCUUGCUUCUGCUGGGGGCUGGUGAGUCAGGAAAAAGCACUAUUGUGAAACAAAUGCGAAUCCUACAUGUCAAUGGAUUUAAUUCAGAAGAAAAGAAACAGAAAAUACUGGAUAUUCGGAAAAAUGUUAAAGAUGCUAUUGUGACUAUAGUUUCAGCUAUGAGCACUUUAAUACCCCCUGUUCCAUUGGCCAACCCAGAAAACCAAUUUCGAAUGGACUACAUCAAGAGUAUAGCUCCUCUUUCUGACUUUGACUAUACACAGGAAUUCUUUGAACACGCAAAAAAGCUCUGGGAUGACGAAGGUGUGAAGGCAUGCUUCGAGAGGUCGAACGAGUAUCAGCUGAUUGACUGUGCACAGUACUUUUUAGAAAGAAUUGACAGUGUCAGCAUGGAUGACUACACACCCACAGAUCAGGACCUAUUAAGAUGCAGAGUGUUGACAUCAGGGAUUUUUGAAACAAGAUUUCAAGUAGAUAAAGUCAAUUUCCACAUGUUUGAUGUAGGUGGCCAGAGAGAUGAGAGAAGAAAAUGGAUCCAAUGCUUUAAUGAUGUCACAGCUAUCAUCUUUGUUGUGGCUUGCAGCAGCUACAACAUGGUAAUAAGGGAAGAUAACAACACAAACAGACUACGGGAAUCUCUGGACCUUUUCAAAAGCAUCUGGAAUAACAGGUGGUUACGGACCAUUUCUAUCAUUUUGUUCUUGAAUAAACAGGACAUGCUGGCCGAAAAAGUCUUGGCAGGGAAAUCAAAAAUCGAAGAUUACUUUCCUGAAUAUGCGCAUUACACUGUACCUGAGGAUGCAACACCAGAUGCGGGAGAAGACCCCAAAGUCACAAGAGCCAAGUUCUUCAUCCGGGAUGAGUUUUUAAGGAUAAGUACAGCGAGCGGAGAUGGCAGGCAUUACUGCUACCCACACUUUACAUGUGCAGUGGACACAGAAAACAUCCGCAGAGUGUUCAACGACUGUCGAGACAUCAUUCAAAGGAUGCAUCUCCGCCAGUACGAACUCUUGUGAGGGGGAUCACCGUGGAACCUGUGGUUUUAAAUUCUUUGCUUCUUACUCUUUCUCUUGAUACUACCCCACACAGGGUGGAAGAAUAUAUUAUAGAAAUGUCAGCCUCCUCA